AUGGUAAGCUGGCUACAGUUGUUACCCAUCAUUUUCAAAAACAUUAAAGACGACUUUAUUGCCAACUUUGUCACACGACUACCACUACUACUAGUAGUAGACCCUGACUCAUUCGAACCGCCAUUCACCAAUGGUCUAAAUGACUUUCUAGAAAUGGUAAACCUAACUACUGUGGCAGACCUACAGCAAUUGAAUAUCCCAGUAAGUUCAAGGGACUUAAUAUACUACACCAUGAUUGAAUAUGGUAUCCUUCUACUAUCAGUUGUAUUUGCUGGUUUUGAUAUAUUGUACAGUAUGCUACGACUUUGUAUGAGUGCAGUUGUUAUUGGAGGGUUGGUUUCAGUACUAGCAUUUUGUACAAUUUGGUUGAUUGUUACUUUAACUAGAAGAUGGAAAUUAAUUUCAAUGAUUAUCAGGAAUAAUGAAUUUGAAGGUGUGUGGUAG